UGGGACCUGAUCCUCUGUGGGAUGAACACGGAAGACAAACUCGCGUGGAGUGGGAAAAGGACGUUUCCUCCGCUCACACCUCCUGUGGCAGCUUUUUACAUGUCCAACACGAGGAUAACCUGUGGCGUUUUUUGUCUCUAGGUCAGCUGUGAGUUUUGCUCGUGUCUCCUGUUUGUUGUAAUGAUGACACUUUGCUCCGUGAAGCGGAAUAAAUGCUAACCAGAAAACAUGGAUUUUACUCGGAGGCUUUGGCUGCAGCUCUUUCCCCUGAAACCACAACAACUUCACGCUGGAAACGAGCCUGUAAAUCACAGAGUUUCAUUUCUGUAAGUAAAUUCUAGCAGAGGAGAAGCAGGAUGAAAAGAUGGCAGCCAUGCUGUUACCAACGGGUCCUGAAAGCUUGCGGCGGUUCACUCGUGAAUCUUUGGCUGCCAUGGAGCAGCGGAUUUCGGAGGAGCAGGCCAAGAACACCAAGGCUUUCCAGGAGCCUCACAAUAACGCAGAGCCAUCCAAACCUCGGGUCGAUCUGGAGGCAGGCAAGCAGCUGCCGCGCAUCUAUGGCGACAUCCCUCCAGAGCUUAUUGGUGUGCCACUGGAAGACAUCGAUCCAUUUUAUUACGAAAAACAGAGGACUUUUAUCGUACUUAACAAAGGGAAGGUCAUCUUCAGAUUCAGUGCCACAUCUGCAAUUUACAUCUUUAGUCCAUUACACUGCAUCAGAUCAAUCGCCAUAAAGAUUUUAGUCCAUUCGUUGUUUAGCCUGUUCAUAAUGUUCACUAUAUUGACCAACUGUUUCUUCAUGGCCAUGUCCGAUCCUGCACCAUGGACCAAAUACCUGGAGUCUACGUUCACUGCCAUUUACACCUUCGAGUCAGCGAUAAAAAUCUUAGCCAGAGGAUUCUGUCUGUUGCCCUUCACCUUCCUGAGAGACCCAUGGAAUUGGCUGGACUUCACCGUCAUUGUCAUGGCAUAUGUGACAGAAUUUGUGGAUCUUGGAAAUGUCUCUGCACUAAGAACCUUCAGAGUACUGCGAGCCCUGAAAACCAUCUCAGUGAUCCCAGGUCUGAAGACCAUUGUUGGUGCCCUGAUCCAGUCUGUGAGGAAGCUGGCAGAUGUGAUGAUCUUAACCGUCUUCUGCCUCAGCGUGUUCGCCCUCAUCGGCCUGCAGCUUUUCAUGGGGAUCCUACGUCAGAAGUGCGUCCGCAGUCUCGCACACUGCAUCAACUCCACCUACAGCCCCAACGCCUCCUUUGUCUGUAACAAUGUAACGUGGAGCUCCAGAGCAGACUUCCUCAGCAGUGAAGAUAAUUUCUACAAAGUUGAAGGUGCAAAGGACGCCUUAAUAUGUGGAUUUGGAAGUGAUGCAGGGAAGUGUCCAGAUGGAUUUGACUGCCUAAAAGUAGGAAGAAACCCAAACUAUGGCUACACCAGUUUUGAUUCUUUUGGCUGGGCCUUUUUGGCCCUAUUCCGACUCAUGACACAAGACUACUGGGAAAAACUGUUCCAUCAGACUCUGCGCUCUGCUGGGAAAACCUACAUGGUUUUCUUUGUGCUGGUAAUCUUCCUGGGCUCCUUCUACCUGGUCAACCUCAUUCUGGCUGUAGUGGCAAUGGCCUAUGAGGAGCAGAACCAAGCCACCAUAGCCGAGGCCUGGCAGAAAGAGAAAGAGUUUCAGGUGGCUAUGGAGCACCUUCGACAGGAGCAACGACUCGCAGCAAAGAGACACGUCCAGGAGAAAGACUGUGUGUUAUCCCCAGAGCUGUCUCCACUCUGUAUGAAGGCGGGAAGUACACGACGAAGCAGCAUUAGAAGGAGAAGAUCUCACAGGAUGUUGUCGGAGGAGAUGGAAGAGGAAGGUGAAGAUGAGAAGUUUGACCAACUGGACGAGCCACUGCCUCCUCCGUCUCCACUGCCUGUCCACCCUCUGCUGGCCACGCUCUCGUCUCACCCCCUCAGCACCAGGAGAGGAAGCCAGAUCAGCGUCUUCAGCUCUUUCCGGACACGAAACAACUCGGAGGCUGAAUUUGGGGACGACGAGUACAGCGUCCAUGGAGACGCCUUCAGGAGUCGAGCCAGUUCAAUAGCAACGCCUUGGAAGAGGAGGACGGGCAGCAUGAUGAGUCACUGUUCUCAAACCUUCACCCCCAGCCUCGCCAUCAAUGGCCGUCUCAACAGUUCCCUAGACCACAACGGAGUCACCUCUGUCGGCUUGCACACUGCCACCUCCAUGGCUGCUCAUAGUAUGGAUAGGAUCAGAGAGGACACAAAGUCCAUCAGUGCAGAAGACUCAGUUCCCAGACCACUCCCCCAGUCUUCUCCUACAGUGCUCAAGCCUUCCCCCCUGCAGAGGAGGAGAGGACUGAGCUCUGUCAGUUUCUUCAGUGAUGCCAUGGAUGAGCUGGAGGAGUCGAGGCAGAAGUGCCAUCCCUGCUGGUACACAUUUGCCAAGAAGUACCUGAUAUGGGAAUGCUGCCCCUGGUGGCGGACGAUGAAGGAGUGGGUGAAGAUCAUGGUGAUGGAUCCUUUCCUGGAUCUAGGUAUCACUAUAUGCAUUGUGCUGAACACCCUCUUCAUGGCUUUGGAGCACUAUCCCAUGACUGAGGAGUUCAACGCCAUGCUCUCAGUGGGCAAUCUGGUGUUCACGGGGAUAUUUACAGCGGAGAUGGUGCUGAAGCUGAUUGCUCUGGAUCCGUACUACUACUUCCAGCAGGGCUGGAACAUCUUUGACGGCAUCAUCGUUUGCCUCAGUUUGAUGGAGUUGGGUCUUUCUAAUGUAGAUGGGCUGUCUGUUCUGCGGUCCUUUAGACUGUUACGUGUGUUCAAACUUGCAAAGUCCUGGCCAACACUCAACACUCUCAUCAAGAUCAUUGGUAACUCCGUGGGGGCCCUGGGAAAUCUGACGCUGGUGCUGGCCAUCAUCGUCUUUAUCUUUGCUGUGGUAGGAAUGCAGCUGUUCGGCAAAAACUAUCAGGACUGUGUGUGUAAGAUCUCCCUCGACUGUCAGCUGCCUCGCUGGCACAUGAAGGACUUCUUCCACUCUUUCCUCAUCGUCUUCCGGGUUCUGUGCGGCGAGUGGAUCGAGACCAUGUGGGAUUGUAUGGAAGUGGCAGGGCAGCCCCUCUGCAUCCUGGUCUUCAUGCUGGUCAUGGUUAUAGGGAACUUGGUGGUGCUGAAUCUUUUUCUGGCCCUGCUGCUCAGCUCCUUCAGCUCUGACAACCUCUCUGCUCCGGAUGAAGACUGUGAUUUGAAUAACAUCCAGAUCGCCAUCGCCCGCAUACACUCCGGUGUCUCCUGGCUCAUCACGAGGUUCACCGACCUCUGUCACCACAGCUCCAAGCGGCAACGGCAAAAAGCCAAAGACGGCAGUCAGGCCCUCAAGCUCGUUGGCAACCACGUGGAAAGCAAUGGGGGGAUCUUUGUUUGCUAUGGACCGACGUACAUCGCCCCAGAGGAGGACAGCUACAUGACCAACCCAAACCUGACUGUCAUAGUUCCCAUUGCACCUGGGGAGUCGGAUGUGGAGUUUCUCGAAGAGGAGGAGAUUUCAGAGUCGUCUGAGGAUGAGGACAACAAGCCGGAGAAGGUCAGCCUCUCAGAUGGAAGCACAGUGGACCUGAGGAAGCCUGGAGAUGAGAUAGACAACACAUCGGAGCUGGCUGAGGAGAGUAUGGAGCCGGAGGAAUGCUUCCCAGAAGUUUGCGUGAGGCACUGUCAGUGUUGUAACAUCGACUCCAGCCGUGGUUCGGGCGAAGUCUGGUGGCGGCUGAGAAAGACCUGCUACCAGAUCGUAGAGCACAGCUGGUUCGAGACCUUCAUCAUCUUCAUGAUCCUACUCAGCAGUGGAGCCCUGGCAUUUGAGGACAUCUACAUUGAGAAGAGGAAAGUGGUGAAGGUGGUGCUGGAAUAUGCCGACAAAGUCUUCUCUUACAUCUUCGUGCUGGAGAUGCUCCUCAAGUGGACCGCAUAUGGCUUCAAGAAAUAUUUCACCAACUACUGGUGCUGGCUCGACUUCCUCAUUGUGGACGUGUCCUUGGUAAGCCUGGUGGCAAAUUCACUUGGAUAUUCGGACUUUGCUGCCAUCAAAUCCCUGAGGACGCUCCGCGCUCUGAGGCCUCUCAGAGCUUUGUCCAGAUUUGAAGGCAUGAGGGUGGUCGUGAACGCUCUUAUAGGAGCGAUCCCCUCCAUCAUGAACGUGCUGCUCGUGUGUCUCAUCUUCUGGCUCAUCUUCAGCAUCAUGGGAGUCAACCUGUUUGCCGGCAAGUUCGGCAAGUGCGUGAACAGAACCGGCUUCAUCCACAGCGUUGCUGUGGUCAACAAUAAGUCCGAGUGCCUCGCCAUGAACAACACCCAGUUCUACUGGACCAAAGUGAAGGUCAACUUCGACAAUGUGGGAACCGGGUACCUCUCCCUUCUGCAGGUGGCUACAUUCAAAGGAUGGAUGGAGAUAAUGUACGCAGCUGUUGAUUCAAGAGGAGUGGAGGAACAGCCCGUCAAAGAAAUCAACCUCUACAUGUACCUUUACUUUGUCAUCUUCAUCAUCUUCGGCUCCUUCUUCACCCUCAAUCUCUUCAUUGGUGUCAUCAUUGACAAUUUCAAUCAGCAGAAGAGAAAGAUGAGUGGGCAGGAUAUCUUCAUGACAGAAGAACAGAAGAAGUACUACAACGCUAUGAAGAAGUUGGGAUCUAAAACGCCACAAAAGCCUAUCCCAAGGCCUGCGAACGUUCUCCAAGGGUUCUUCUUCGACCUUGUGUCCAAACAAGCCUUCGACAUCAUGAUCAUGAUGCUGAUCAUCAUCAACAUGGUGACCAUGAUGGUGGAGACGGACGAGCAGUCGGAGCGCAUGGAGUCCAUCCUCAACAAGAUCAACCUGGUCUUCAUCGUGUUCUUCACCACCGAAUGCCUGAUCAAGAUCUUUGCCUUGCGUUGCUAUUUUUUCACAGUUGCAUGGAACAUAUUUGACUUUGUGGUGAUCAUCCUCUCCAUCGUGGGCAUUGUUCUUGCUGACAUCAUAGAGACAUACUUUGUGUCUCCGACCCUGUUUCGAGUCAUCAGACUAGCAAGGAUAGGACGUGUGCUUCGACUUAUACGCGCAGCCAAAGGAAUAAGAACUUUAUUGUUUGCCUUAAUGAUGUCCAUGCCAGCGCUGUUCAACAUCGGCCUCCUGCUCUUCCUCGUCAUGUUCAUCUACGCCAUCUUUGGAAUGGCAAACUUUGCCUACGUGAAGAAACAAGACGGGAUUGACGACAUGUUCAACUUUGAGACUUUUGGGAAUAGUAUGAUCUGCCUUUUUCAGAUCAGCACCUCUGCAGGCUGGGACAACCUCCUGAGUCCAAUCAUGUCCAACUCCCCCGACGAGUGUAACGUAAACUUCGUCAACACUGGCACCAACACCCGGGGAAACUGUGGCAGCCCGUCCGUGGGCAUAGCUUUCUUUGUCAGUUACAUUAUCAUUUCUUUCCUCAUUGUGGUGAAUAUGUACAUUGCUAUCAUUUUGGAGAACUUCAGCGUGGCCACAGAGGAAAGCACAGAGCCGCUGAGCGAGGACGACUUUGAGAUGUUUUACGAGGUUUGGGAGAAGUUUGACUCUGAGGCCACACAGUUCAUUGAAUUUUCCAUGUUGCCGAGCUUUGCCGACACCUUGUCGGAGCCACUGCGCAUCGCCAAGCCCAACAUGAUCAAGCUGAUCUCCAUGGACCUUCCCAUGGUCAGCGGGGAUAGGAUCCACUGCCUGGACAUCCUGUUUGCCUUCACGAAGCGCGUGCUCGGAGAGUCGGGUGAGAUGGACGCACUCAAGCAGCAAAUGGAGGAGAAGUUCAUGAUGACAAACCCCUCCAAGAUCUCCCAUGAGCCUAUCACCUCCACAUUCCGCCACAAACUGGAGGAAAUGUCUGCAGUCAUUAUCCAGAGGUGUUAUAGGAGGCAUCUAAUGCGCCGGCAGAUGAAACAUGCGUCCUACCUCUACAGACAAAUAACCUACAACACUGUGGUGGAAGUGGAGAGUGUUCCAGAAACAGAGGGGCUGAUCGCCUCCAUGAUACAGCACUACGGGCCUGUGCGUGUGGAGAUUAUACAGACCAUCGAGGACAGUCUAACGUCCUCACCUCCAUCGUAUAACAGUGUGACGCGGACAGAUAGUGAUUCCUCGCUGCUUCUCAGAUCAAUAUCCAGAGACUGUGAAGUCAGGGAGUCUGGUGAAAACUGCGAGGAGAGUUUUCUUUGAGACUCUGAGUGGAGAGUGAUUGUGUCCGUUUUGUCGACAGCAAAGAAUAUAGCUUAAGAUAGCACAUGGUCAAAGAGAUGAACAUGCUGUGGAAAAGAGCAACAUUUCUAAGUAAGUCACAGUUUAAACUGAACAAACAAAAAGGAAUCAGUUGAGUUUCAGUGAUCAUCUUAAUCAGAGGAGAACAGAAGUCAUUUGUUUUAACUGUUGACAAGAUGUUCAACAUUUGGAACCAGAAAACUGUUUACCUAUAUAUAACACAGGCUUAAAUUAGUUUGUUUUAACAUCAUAUUGAAACAUUUUAUUUAAUAAUUUAAAGCACAAUAUCUACUAGGAAUGUUUUUUCAGACAUACAUUGCUUAAAAAUUUUAUUAGACCACCUGCCAUAAAAAUGAAAUCUUAGAAAUCUUUCCAAAAAUGUUAUUAUUAUUUAUUUGGCAAAUAACAAACUGAAUUCACCUUUUUUUAUAUACCCAAAUUUGAGCCGAGUCAGUAAUUAAUCGAGCAUUAAAUUCAACCACUAAAACAAUUUUUUUCUGUUCAGGAAAGUAAAUACAUUUAAUUUGACAUUUUAAUCAAGGAAUAAUAAUAGGCUAGAUUUUUGUAAAACCUAUGGAUAACAAUAAUAAUUGUAUUGUACCCGUAUUUUAGUUAAAGAGCUUCUAGAUACUGGUAUAUUAACCAUUAUAGAAACAUAAUCAUUUAGGGCAGCUGUGGCAUAAACCUUACACUGGGUUGUGGUCUAAUACAUUUUUUAAGCACUGUAUGUAUAAUACAGGCUAAAAUGAGUUUGUUUUAACAUCACACAAUCUUUAUUUUAUAUUAACUUGACUGUAGGAACUAUUUAUUUAUAAUUAAGAGCACAAUGUUUUCAGCCAUGUUUGUCUUAGAUAUUGCUGUUGAUCUGGACACAGAUCCAGAGGCAGCCCUGGUGUAGGUUUGCACUCUGUGAGUGCCUUUCUUGUGUUUUACAUUACAAUUGGUAUCAUGGGCAAAAUAUGUGACGCUGAGAAUAUAAGAGACAGUGAAUGAAACACAAACAGGAAGCAGAAAAAACAAAGGCCCCGAAAUACUUAAAUAAUUUAAAAAAUAAUAACAAUAAUAAUAAUAUCUGCUGGAUAUAAAAAAAAAAACAACACCUAACAUUUUGGGAUCUCCUCAGAAAACAGACAUGUUUGUUUCAUACUAUGGGAUAGAUGACCCUUUUCUGUUGUUUCUGUCUUUGCAGCUAACGCAGUUGUUGCUGGUGCUGGAUGAUCCAUCUUUCCACCAAAUGGAUCUGUUGUGCACAGAGCAGUGGUAGUAGAUAAAACAGAACUUUUUCAUAAAACCAACAGACUUGCCGAGACUAGAAGCAAAUUGAGAAUAUUAAGCGGCGUGCGACUCCUACAAAACAAAUCCCAGCAAGUCUCAGCGCUCAGUGCUGCCACUUCACGUUGACAUAAGAAGUGAAUUUGCAUUUAUGACUGUAGCAGCAAAUAAGCUCUUAUUCAGGUGGUAUUUAUCUUGAAUGGACAUUGUGUAUUCUUAAUAUCAACAUUUUUAAACCUAAAUUAUAUGAAAAAUAUACUUUAUACUGUAAGUAAUGAUAGAGACACCGAGCAUAUUCUUUCCAAAAUGCAGAAACAGUUAAAACAAUCAUGAUUUAAACUUUGUUUUAACUUGAAAAAGCACUAUUUAUGAUUGCAAUAAAGCACAAAUGUGAGUUGAUCAUAAAGAAAAUGUGUGUGCGUAUGAAUAGUCCCUAAAGGAUGUGCCUGAUUUUGACUCUCUAAACAAUUACAUUUGAUGCGAUGGAUGUGGAUUGAAGCAGCAUGAAUGCACUGGAAGCCUGUUUUGUAGUCAACCGUGUAAAGAGCUUUGAGGCUGUGUAAUGUAUAUAAAGCUAAUUUCUACCUGUUUUUGUAACGUAUAUAUUUAUAUCAAGAGGCAAUUUCAGUGACUCACAGCAGC